UGGACGUUGGGUCGUUUAACGUUGACUGUGCUUGUUGUUAGCCAACUACUGCUACAGUGCGGUAAAUCUAACAAAUAUUUGUUUUGGGGAAGUGACAUUGUCAUUUUGUUCGCGGUGAAGACGAAUCGGAGAGAAACAUACCCUUGUAUAUCUUCUGUGAAAGAAUGGACUCCGAAAAACUCUCAGCGGUGUUCAGUUAUGAGAGUCUGGUACAUGCUGUCGCUGGGGCAAUGGGGAGUGUGACUGCGAUGACAGUUUUCUUCCCCCUGGACACUGCCAGACUGCGGCUUCAGGUGGAUGAGAAGAGGAAAGCCAAGUCCACUCCUGCAAUUCUGGCUGAAAUCAUCAAGGAGGAAGGAUUCCUGGCUCCCUACCGAGGGUGGUUUCCUGUCAUCUGCAGCCUCUGCUGCUCCAACUUCGUCUACUUCUACUGCUUCCACAGCUUAAAGACCACCUGGCUGAGGGGUCAGAGGUCGACGCCAGGGCGAGACCUCCUCAUUGGCAUCGCCGCAGGUGUGGUAAAUGUGCUUGUCACCACUCCCCUUUGGGUCGUCAACACCAGGCUCAAGCUGCAGGGGGCGAAGUUUCGCAACGCAGACAUCCGUCCCACAUACUACACAGGCAUCGUAGAUGCCUUUUCAAAGAUUGUUGGGGAGGAGGGGGCGGGGGCUCUCUGGAACGGGACCUUCCCCUCGCUGCUGCUGGUGAUGAACCCGGCGGUCCAGUUCAUGAUCUAUGAGGGGCUGAAGAGGCAGCUGAGCAAGGGCGUGCACAGAGAGCUGUCCUCUCUGGAGGUGUUCUUCAUCGGAGCCGUCGCCAAGGCCAUCGCCACAACGGUCACAUACCCACUGCAGACUGUGCAGUCCAUUCUCAGAUUUGGCCAGCACAGGCAGCCCACAGAGAGAUCACGUCUCUUGAGCUGUCUAAGGAAUGUGGUGUUCCUGCUACUGAACAGAGUCAGGAAGAAUGGCAUUCUGGGAUUGUUUAAGGGCCUGGAGGCCAAGCUCCUGCAGACGGUGCUCACGGCCGCGCUCAUGUUCCUGCUCUACGAGAAGAUUGUCAGCAGCACCUUCCGGGUGAUGGGGGUACGGAGGCCUUCGCCCGGUCGAUAACGCACCUGUGCCCGGAGGCCGACGCACCUGUGCCCAGUCGCUGACGCACCUGUGCCCAACCGCUGACCUGCACCUGCGGGCUCCCUGUGUGACCAACCGCACCACACAUCCGCCAGCCCAUGUUCCCAGCCGAACGCUCAUUCCUAUUUAUUAAGCACCCGAUUCAUCCAGUUCAUACAGUGGGCUUCGGAAUUAUCGGCACCCGCAGUAAAUAUGCACAAAAGAUACUGUAAAUUAAAAAGUAGUUCCAUUGUUGCAAUAAAUUUUAUUUUCCAAGGUGCGUCAAGCAGUGUGUUUUAUUCAUGUGAUUCAAUGAAAUCAACCAGUAUCUCGGUGUAUUGUGUUUAUUUUUAAGACUUGGUGACAACAAGACUGUGCUCCUUGGGGGUUCUUUAUUGCCUCCCUCACCAUCUUCUUCUCCAGCCCGAGGGACAAUGUGCACUUGCCUCUUCCUGGCAAGUUUGGAACAAUUAUUGCCCUUACAGUGCUAAGUGCUAUGUUUAGCUAAGCGUUUAUUAUCAGUGUUGUUUACCCUAUACACGGCCAUUUUCUUCUUCUUUAAUCAAGGGUGCCAAUAAUUCUGGAGAGGCUAGGAGAGCGCAGUGGUUCUCAUUCCAGAGUUCGGUCUUCAUCUCAGCUCUACACUUUGUUUUAUUUCUCAUUGUUAGUAUGGAUUAAAGUGUAUAUGUAAAUAACGAUUUGUCAGAGCAGGAUGGGAGGUGUAAUAUGAAGUGUCAAAUAAAUGUAAAUGUAUAUUUAAAA